AUUUUUUCACGUUCUAUAUAACGUUGUCCUAUUACGAGAUGGCAUUGUCAUUUGAGCCCUAUUUUUUUGUUAUUACUCUUCUGGAUCUUAGCGUGCCCUAAUUCUAACCCGACACAAACGGACGCACUAUGUUCCUUCAAUCUGGUAGACCCGCAGGCACUUUUCUGACUUACAACUUCCAAGGGUUCUGGGUUUUGAGAAAGAACAAAUCCUUCAAAUUUUCGUUUUUCUUUCUUUCUUCGUAGUCGGGCAUUGGACCCAAGGUAAACAGAGAAGAAGGAAAAAAUGUACAAGAAGAAGAAAGUGGCAGAUGGAGGAGGAUCCUCGAGAGGCGGUACGCAUGCAAUGGACGAAGAGAUGGACUUCAAGAAGAUCAUGAAGGACAUUGAGCUUUUAAGCUCCUCACAUGUGACAUGGAAAGAGAGAAAGGAAAUGGAAAACAAGAAGGUAAUUGCUUUGGGUGGGAAGCCUUCUAAGAAGCAGAGACUACCCUUUAGUGUUGAGCGACCAAUGAUGAAGAAACAAAAGGAAAGAGAGCAGACGAUGCUACAAGAGCGAUUGAUUCUUGGACAAUUUGGAGGCAAGCAUGGUGACAGUGCUAAAAGAUCUUUUGGGAGACGCAAGCCUGAGGACAGAGUUCUAAAAGCAAGCGAAGGUCAUUUUAGGAAUGGUGUACUAGAUGUAAAGCAUUUGUUGCGUCCGACGACUUCAUCUAGAGACAGUGAUUCCGGUAUCCAUGUGGUUACCAAGGGUAUAAAGAAGGGAGGUGGAAAGAAGAAUCGAGGAACAAAGGGUGGUGGUAGGAAGCGCCACUAAAUGCAUGCAAGAUGGGAAAGUGUUAAAAAUUCAGUGAUAAUACGAGGAUUUUCCUUCAUCUUCGUUUGUUAUUGCAUCUGCACUUCAUUGUUAGGAGGCCAUAUUGGUCAAAGUUUUGCGGGGUCACAUUGAAAAUGUUUAUUUUAUUUUUGUAUAAAGUUACUUAUAAAAAAAUAUUAUUUAAAUUUUAUUGAAAAUUAUUCCUUGUGAGUUAUGAUAUGAACAGAUGUUUGAUGUU